AAACAGCAAGCCGAAGAGCGAACAUCGUGAAUCUGUGUCCUCUGCGAUGCUGUGUAGUGUAAUUACUUACUCAUGAUUUCGGUCCUAAAAGUCGAAAUACAUCACAGAACUGGUGGUGAUCUCGGAGAAUUUUAACGUCGUGGAAAAGUGAAAUCUGUGCAUUAAUGGACAAAGUUGCAAUGAAUCCAUUGCUAAUAGAAUAAUAGAAACCGUGAAUUGAUUGAUUAUAAAUUGUUAAACAUAAACACAUAUUAAAUAAAUGUAUAAAUAAUAGAUAUAUACAUAAAUAUCAUUGUAAAUUUGAGUCACUGAUUUUACCAACCAUUUUAAUCAGUUAGACAGUGAAGUGAAAAUGAAUAAAAAUGAGCUUUCUCCCGGAAGAUGCACUGCACCGCAAGAAAUACUUAACACACACACAAACCGGGUUUGCUAUUCACCACAUAAUCGAUUAGUCCCUUGGAGUCAGCACUCAGUAGUGAAUUCGACGGCAAAUAUUGAGCAAACCAGCCCUGCAUCUGCAUCUGCGCGUUUAAAAAGUCAAAAUUUGGGAUUAAUUUGCGUAGUCUGUGGCGAUACCAGUUCAGGAAAGCAUUAUGGAAUUUUAGCCUGCAAUGGUUGCUCAGGAUUUUUCAAACGAAGUGUGCGGCGGAAACUCAUUUACAGAUGUCAAGCCGGAACAGGUCGAUGUAUUGUGGACAAAGCACAUAGAAAUCAGUGUCAAGCUUGCCGUCUUAAGAAGUGCCUUCAAAUGGGGAUGAAUAAAGAUGCAGUGCAAAAUGAGCGACAGCCGCGAAACACAGCUACUAUACGUCCUGAGACGCUGCGGGAGAUGGAACACGGGCGAGCUUUGCGGGAAGCGGCCGUAGCCGUAGGAGUUUUUGGAUCACCCGUUUUAUUAUCUCCACCAUGCUAUGGCCCUGGAUUACUACCACCUCCCUCUAUAUCGAAUCUUCCGACAAAUCGGCGAUUACAUCACAAUCACAUUUCAAAGGCCUUACAGCUUUCUUCCAAUGUAUCGCAGACAGGCGGUUUCUCGGUAUUUAACAACAAUCUGCAGUUCUCUAAGGAAAACUCUUUUACGACCUCAAUGGAUCUUUCCAAUGGAACAGUCUCUGUGUCUACAAACUCAAGUAGUACGAAUUCAAUAGAUCCGAGUUCCCCUAUAUCUGAUACAGUUUUAGAUAAAAAUCCUGUCGGAGGAAGUGUCUCGUCCAUAAGUUCGGGCAGUUCUGUUCAUGAUAAUGAUAAUGAUGACGACUCCAUCGAUGUUACCAAUGAUGAGGAGCCACUGCGGAAUGAAAAACUGGAUUGCCAUUUUACGAUACCGACAUUUGUACCGCAAAACUUGUAUGUUCAGCCACAUGAGACAGUUUAUGAGACCAGCGCUCGCCUUCUCUUUAUGGCAGUAAAGUGGGCAAAGAAUUUACCAAGUUUUGCGAGUCUGUCGUUUAGAGAUCAGGUUAUACUAUUGGAAGAAUCAUGGUCGGAUCUAUUUCUCCUCAAUGCCAUUCAAUGGUGCAUUCCUCUAGACCCUACAGGAUGUACUUUAUUCUCAGUUUCGGAACAUUGCAAUAAUUAUGACGCUACACAAGAAAGUGAGAACUGCGUUUCUAAAGAAGAAGUAGCUGCCAGUGUACGGACAUUACAUGAAAUCUUCUACAAGUACAAGGCAGUUUUAGUCGAUCCCGCUGAAUUUGCUUGCAUGAAAGCAAUAGUUUUAUUUCGGCCCGAAACUCGGGGCCUUAAAGAUCCUGCGCAAAUAGAAAAUCUUCAAGAUCAAGCUCAUGUGAUGCUAUCUCAACAUACAAAAUCACAAUUUCUUACGCAGAUCGCACGAUUUGGUCGUCUACUUCUGAUGUUGCCUCUUCUACGGACUGUGAAUUCUCAUAAAAUCGAACUAAUAUAUUUUCAACGUACAAUUGGAAAUACGCCAAUGGAAAAAGUACUCUGCGAUAUGUAUAAGAACUGAGAUGAUGGCUUUGU